AUGUGGAGUCGCUAUGUUUUGAAGCGUCGCGUCGACAAGUAUCAGCAGGAAAACCGAGUUCUGCUGGAGCAGCAUCGACAGAGUUUGGCUUACAGGGAGGUGCGAACAGUCAAGAUUGACUGCUCCUUUCUACCCGAUUCACGAUGGGGAGUGAUUGGGAAAGAUCCGGCUUCUCCUGCUUGGCUUCUCUACCUAGAUGUCAAGAUCAGCCAACCCGUAGGCUGCUCCCUCGCCAGUGCAAAUGUGGAAGUCAUAUUCAGGUCGCAUCACCCGGAGAUACCAAGCAGAACGACUACAACGCGAUUGGGACCUAUCAUUACAAAUUACUUUGGACCCCAACAUAUCGAUGGUAAAGUAAUCGGCACAGAAGGCAGUAUUCGCGACUGGAAUGCAUCCCAUCAGCACGGAGAAACAUAUAUUCUGGGCCCAACGAGCAGCGAAAGAGAGCAUAUGAUGUUGUCAGCCACUCGUGAGCCUCAGUGGACAUUACGAGGCUGCUCGUGGCCAUUGCCUGAGGACAAAACCGGUCUUCCCCGGCGCAUCGAAUGGUUGGUGGAGGACGCCGUUGCCUGUGGAGGUCUGCGCUUGGCCCUGGUUCUUCAGCACGACAUGAACCCCUUCUCAAUUGAUGUCCACAUUGAUGGUCGCCUUCAUGGAGAGAAGAACAAAAAGUACCGGUUUUUCCGGCCCAUGGAACAAGGCAAUAUGAAAAACCUGUCAAGGAUAGUAACACCAGAUAGUACACCUGAUUUCCAAUUGGAUGAAAUUGCGUCCAAAUUGAAUUCUGAGAUGACGACGCUAAAUAUACGAAAUUACCGGAGUGCAACUAGAAUGGUUUGGCAGCACGAGACUUCUGUUACUCAUCAUCAAAAACUCUGUCUGGAGCCGAAGUCUGAGGUCAACACUGAUGGUUCCGAUACCGACCAUCAAAGCAAACACUCAGGAUAUACCCAGGGCAAUUACACUGUCGCCUGGAUAUGCGCUUUACCGAUAGAGAUGGCAGCAGCAAAGGCAAUGCUUGAUGAAAUUCACCCCAGUCUCUGCGUGCCCCCCAGUGAUACCAAUCAAUAUAUCUUGGGGCGAAUCGGCUCCUUCAACAUUGUGCUGGCAUGUUUACCGGAAAGGGUGUAUGGCACGACUUCAGCCGCAGUGGUAGCCACGCAUAUCCUUCACACAUUCAAAAGAAUUCGUAUCCGCUUGAUGGUUGGAAUUGGAGGGGGCGUUCCUUCAGCGAAGAACGAUAUUCGACUCGGAGAUGUGGUUGUGAGCAGUCCAACUGGGCCUUAUGGAGGUGUGAUUCAACACGACCUUGGUAAACACGUUGGACACAAGAUCCAGAUGACAGGUUCUUUAGGCAAACCAUCGCAAUCACUCCUUAUUGCAGUUGCCAGACUACGGACAGAGCAUCUGCUUGCCGGUGACAAGGUUUCACACUAUGUGGAAGAGAUGUUGACGAAAAGUCCAAUGAUGAGGACCGCAUUUGCCUGCCGUAGCUCAGAUCAGGAUCAGCUUUUUGAAGCCGGUUAUGAGCACGUUGAAUCUUCAGAAACUUGCACUGGAUGUGAUCAAAGCAGAACUAUUACACGGCCGUCACGGUCGUUCGGUCCCAAGAUACACUACGGACUGAUCGCCUCUGGGAAUUAG